UCUAUAAAUACCACCGGCGCGGAGUGCCGUGGACUAUUUACUCCAGAUCCUAUUGUCGAGCGCUUUGCAACAUGAUUAGGACAUUAUUACUGACGUGGGCAGUGCCGGCUGUCAUUGGCAUCAUCGUCAAGGAUCCACCACCCACAGAACUCGAUUACAAAUACUCCUACAACAUUGAUGACCCGUCGACUGGAGACGUGAAAAGCCAGCAUGAGGUUAGACAAGGAGAUGUGGUGUCAGGAUCAUACACCGUGGUAGAUCCCGAUGGUACGAAACGAACAGUUGACUACACUGCUGACCCGAAGAAAGGUUUUAAUGCUGUUGUUCGUACUGAACCAGUCGACAAUGCUUAUGUUCCUGCAAAUAACGCAAUUGAUACUGGCUACGGAUAUGCGUCAGUUCAGCCUAAAGCUGUGUACGAGCCUGCCGAGCGCUACGAGCCUGCCCAGCCACAACGGCCAGUAAAUUACGCUCCAGUUCGUUUGUACACAAGGGCCCAGUACCAACAAGAACCACAACCCAUCUAUUUCACUCCAUCGAACGAUGUAGCUCCUGAAGAUGCGCUCUAUAACCAUGGACAGUAUUUUGUACCUGCUCAUAGAAAGUAAGACGCGUGUGAAGUUACUAAAACACUUGUGAUAUUAUCAUUUAAGGUAGGUUAUUAUAAAAUUAAUCGAUUAAAAGUGAUACUUUAUACUUUAUGAUUAUGCUAUUGUGUAUUGUACGAGUAUAUUUCUUUGUAAAAAAGUGUUUUAAAUGAAAUAUUUUGUUUCAAACAAAAAUGUUUCAUUUUCUUUCAUAAUAAUAUUAUAUAUGUAAAUAGAAACUGCUGGUAUCAUUAAUGUACUUAGUAUGGAUUUAGGAGAGAGGUGCAAAGGGUGCUGGUUGUGGAAAAUAAUGUAUUAGUAUACGGUGACUCUACAUUGAGAAAUGACAUCCACACAAAAAGUGUUCCACAGCUAGUCUGUAAUUAGUGCUAUUCGUAAUAAUUUUGUAAUAAUUAGACAGCGACGCAUUUUAUGCUAUUUUGAAACAUGUAGAUUAGUAGCCUAGUAAUAAAAAAAUUGGUAACGUCUAACAUACAUUAAACGUAGUAGGUAAUUGCUUAGAUUAUAAUUUAAAGAAUAAUUAUGUAAUGUAGGUAUUUAGAUGCUUUGCAUUGGUCUAACAGUUGGUACGACUACGUACAUCAUCUAUCAUUCAUUUCCAUAAUCUAAGUUACAUUUAAAAAAAAGUUACAUUUAUUUAUCUAGCAGAAUACAUUUUGAACUUUUUAAAAUGAAAAUCUAAAUAAAAUACUUUAAGCGACAGCUUAGUUAUCAAAGAUCCCAAUGAUAUCACUGAUGUAGAGUUAGAUAUUAACAAAAUAUAGCAUAUCCACGAUUCAGUACUUA